ACUGCCUACAGGUGUGUCUCAUUAGAGGCUUUGGACUGCCUACAGGUGUGUCUCAUUAGAGGCCAACAAAAAAAAGGGUUUAGUCUCCAUCUUGUGUGUAGCAGUCCAGAUAAGGACAAGUAGCUGCAAAGAGUGGGCGGAGUCUAUACCCGGUGCUUCUUGUGACGUAACCCGCCUGCUGGUCACGUGUUCCCCGAGCGUCCAAUCAGCUGUCAGGAAGCUUCCCUUGGCGCAGCAGGAGAUCCCUGAAGUGAAGACUUUGCAAAGCGUCCAUCUUUUGUGUCGGGACCGGGAAAAAGCAUCAGCCAGCCAGCCAGCCAGCAUGUCAGUAGCGGGCUUCAAGAAGCAGUUCCACAAAGCCACUCAGAAAGUGAGUGAGAAAGUGGGAGGAGCCGAGGGCACCAAGCUGGAUGAGGACUUCACGGAGAUGGAAAAGAAGGUGGACACCACCACCCGGGCGGUGAUGGACAUCAUGACCAAGACUACGGAGUACCUGCAGCCUAACCCAGCCACCAGAGCCAAGAUGAGCAUGAUGAACUCCAUGUCUCGCAUGCGCGGCCAGGAGAAAGGACCGGGCUACACCCAGACCGAGGCCAUCUUGGGAGAGUCCAUGCAGCGGUUUGGCCGGGAGCUCGGCGAGGAGUCUAAUUUUGGUGUGGCGCUCAUCGACGCCGGAGAGUCCAUGCGGGAACUGGCGGAGGUGAAGGACGCUCUGGACAUGGAGGUCAAGCAGAACUUCAUCGACCCGCUGCAGAACCUCCACGAAAAAGACCUGAAGGAGAUCCAGCAUCACCUGAAGAAGAUGGAGGGUCGGCGUCUGGACUUUGACUACAAGAAGAAGCGUCAGGGCAAAGUGACGGACGACGAGUUGAAGCAAGCCUUGGAGAAAUUUGACGAAUCCAAGGACAUCGCCGAGCUCAGCAUGUUCAACCUGCUGGAGAGCGACAUUGAGCAGGUGAGCCAGCUGGCGGCGCUGGUCCACGCUCAGGUGGAGUACCACACCCGGGCCUCCGAGAUCCUCACGCAGCUGUGCAGCAAGAUCGACGAACGGAUAAAGGAUUGUUCCAACAAGCCCAGGAAAGAAUACAUCACCAAGCCUCGCACGCAUCUGGACUUCUCCAUCAGCGAGAACCACAAUGGAGGCAUCCACAGCGCUCGCUCUCCAGGGGCGAGGUCACCAGCGAGGUCUCCAGCAAGAUCUCCAGCCCGGUCACCAGCGCCCAUGGACCAGCCGUGCUGCCGCGCGCUCUACGACUUCGACCCGGAGAACGAGGGCGAGCUGGGCUUCAAGGAGGGCGACAUCAUCACCUUGACCAACAAGAUCGAUGACAACUGGUACGAGGGGAUGCUGCACGGCAACUCGGGCUUCUUCCCCAUCAACUACGUGGACAUUCUGGUGCCGCUGCCGCACUAGAGCGACCACCUCGCCAAAAUGCCGACUGGGAAAAAAAAAUCUAAAUCCCCCCCCCCCCCCCCCCGUUAUGACCUCCCGAUUUAACCUAACGGCCACUCGGCUUUAGAGGCGUCCAAACUGCUGCGUGCAUAACUUAGUAGGCCAGCGUCCAAGCGUUCUGAUGACGGCAAAAAAAAAAAAAAAAAUCAGCAUAGACAUGGUAGCCACGCCCCCUCCUUCCAUUCAUCCUCUCUCCGUUUCUCCGUUCAAUUUCUGCAUCGCACUUCGUACUUUGUGAACGUCACCGCAGUAGCUAGAACUUUCUCCACAUAACGUGCGCGAUGUUUGUUAGCUAAGCAUGAUCCAAGUUUUUUUUUGUUUGUUUUGUUUGUUGUUGUCGGUUAGCUUUAACAUUCCUGGCGAUUUGGUGUCAAAACGGCGUCCAGACACCAAAAUGAGCAGACAAAAGCUGCUUUUUUUGCUGGUUUCACUGGUAAAGCGAGUCCCGUGACUGUGUGAUGUUCCACGUCUGAGCCGAUGAUUCGUGAAGUGAUGAUUUUGGGGGAAGAACACGUCAAAGACGACGGCGCGUCCAUUCCGUACCAUUUUUUUUUCCUUCCCUUUUUUUAAAAAAUCCGCAAAUUGUGUGCAAAAUGGUCGUUGUGUCGUGAUUAUCUAACGUGUAGAGCUCGGCUUUUUUUUAAUCCCUCGCUCUGCGCCGGGAUUUGUUAGUUUUCUGCUGCAUCCUCACUCGUCCGAUGAGUAUUAUCGUAGUUUAGCUGGUCGGAAGGAGUUAAAAAAACGAACAAAAAAAAACCCCCCUAAAAACAAAACAGCGGCCAUUUACUGGGCAGAGUGAGACCUCUUUUGUUUUUGUCUUGACUGUGAGAUAUUAACCCUUUCAUAUCAUCCUUGUAGCUACUGGUAAUAAAACUACGUGACAAGUAAGUCAAAUAUUCCCUUCUUGUAGGACUGUUGUGCUUAUGGGAUGUCGGUGGAAUUAUCCGAUACGAUAAAGCGAUCAUUUGCUCGGAAAAGCUGAAGAACAAAACUGACCGUGUCGUAUCUUGCUGUCAAAAAGACGUCGGAUUGAAGCCUAGAAUUAUUCAUCCACUGGCCAAAUGUUGGAAAGACAUUUUAACCGUAGCCAAUCAGACGAACCUUUGUUGUAUUUCUUGGAAAUGUCAUGUGCAUAUGU